AUGGCGAACCUCACGGAGGCCGGAUGGUCGACCGAGGAGCUCAAUGCUAUUUUAGUGAUUUCUCCCGAAAACUGCGCCUUCAGAGGAGAGGGCAAUUCCAACAUUGUAGUAGCCUUGAAGAAGGAAGACAGAGUUCUGCGUCUCAGAAAAAGCCAAGUGUAUACGGAGGGCACGAUCUCACUCACCGGAGAAACGUUGCAAAAGUUUCAACUGGAAGCCGAUUUCAUCAGUCAUGUCAUGAAGAAUCUUCUGGGCUACCGGUUUGUUCAAUCACCAAUCCUUAUCGAGUUGACGGCUGAAAAUGUGAGGCUGAUCAACGAAGCCGUUCACUUCAAAAGGCCAAUUCACAGGUUGAAGAAAAAUGUGAGAGAAGUUUCGACGUUGGGCCUUCUACUUCCCGACCACUGUACCCUGCCGAGUCAUCUUCGCAAGUACGGAGAGGGGCCCGUGCUUUCGGUCGAGAUCAAGCCCAAGCAAGGUUUCUUGCCAGAAUCUUAUCACCUCCCACACGAUCACAAGCUCAGGGCAUCUGUGUGUAGGUUUCACUUGGCACAGACUUACAAGAAAAGCAAAGGAGAAAUAUUAUCAAUGAGCAUGUACUGUCCUCUGGAUCUCUUCAGUGGCUGUCCAAGAAGAAUGAACAAUGCACUCCAUGAGCUGUUGUAUCAUCCACAGAAUAACUUAAGGGUGUUCAAGGACAAGGAACUUAUUUUCAGUGAGGAGAACAGAAGCAGUUUAGACAUUACUCUAAAGGACUUUUUUGACAAGCCUGGCAUAGUAAGCCGGGAGGAGAUCCUGUGUCAGCUGGUGACACAAAUACUGGUCCACUGUUUCCCUACGACUGACCGCAGCCUGACCUACGAGCCAGCAAGCCACAGUGACCAUGGCCCUCAGUCAUGCCCUUCUUCAUCCGCCUGCACAUGCCCCAACCGCGUCCGAGGUCAGCACAAGCUCCCGCGAGGCUGUGUUCUGGACCGGAUCCUACAGAUCCAGCGGCUGGGCUCGAUGGACGUGACGGCCGUCUACCCCCACUACCUUAGUCUCAAGGAGGCCCUUCAGUGCCCCAACGAGAGCCUUUCCGCGUUAGAGUACCUGGAGGAUGGCCACCCUUCCCCAUCUUUACCCAAGGCCCUGGGCUUCCCCAACCAGCAGGUCUACGAGACUGACCUUGAAUUCACCUGUCGCAAGAUAUGGGAAUUCCUGGUGGCACUAACCGCCCGGGACUGCUCCAUCAUGCUCUCCCUUCAAAAGCUGUCACCAGCGACCAGGGUGUACCCCAAGGACUCGGUCGUGCAAGACAGCAACGGGCAAACCUACCUCUUCUCUGUCGCUGUCGUAGACCUGGACCCCAAGACCGUCAGCAAGCUCGAAAAAGUCUACUUCGACGACUGCAACCUCAUCAGAGCCGUUUGCUGACGUUGUUGAAACUGCAGCCCAACAUUGUCUCGCAGGGAACCCACUCCUUUCUCAGAAGUCGGGAAAAAGUAUUUUUCUACCUUCGAAAGGAGCACCAUUUCCAGUUGGUGCUGAAGGCACUUUUUAUGCUGGGUCAUUCGCCGCAAGCACUGUGCCAAGUGCUUUGCCAAUGGGGACCUCUGCAUCUCUAGUUUUGUGUCAAGAAGAUAAUUGCAGUUGGGUCUGCCUUGAAGUUGCAAAACUGUGCCUCUAGUUUUAAGUGGCAAGUUUUAUGGAAUUAGCCGCGAGAUAACUUUUUCUUGCUCUCUUAGGGUGUGUUCAGCAUGUUGUAACAGGCCCUGCCCUUUCAGUAUUA